AUACAUAAUAAUUAACGUGUGUUAACCAUAUCCAUUACUUCUAUUAUUAUAGAAAAAUCAAAUUGACCAUAUUAAAAAUAUAUUGGAAAUCCAUUCCCUCCUCCCUUCCCCUCGAUAUGGAUUUUAAACGUUUGAAUACAAUAUUCAAUUAUAUAUAAUUACACACGUUUAUACCAAUAAUCCGUCCGCGAACAUGAUUUAUUUGUUAAAUUUUUAGACUUCUACUCAGCAUCCAUAACGUUUCAUAAUAAUUGGUUUUCCAAUUAAAUUAAUCGCUAUCUUUGAAGUCCACAUACAGUAUCAUAUUAUUAUUAACCGUUUGCGAUGUACAUAACAAACAUCCCAAAUGUAUGUUAUUAAAAUCGACUCAAAACCGUUCUACAACAUUAAAUUAUGGAGGUUUUUUUUUACAAGUAUCUCACAUUAUGGAUAAACCUCUGGAAAAACAGCUCACGAUGUGCGAAAUGAUACUAGACGAUCGUACACGUGAAACCUGCAACACCGAUCAACGACUAUCGUGCACACGUUACGUGCGUCCAUGCGAUGAAACUGACGAAAAGUUGCGACGGGACAGCGGCGGCUAUUACUCGUUCGACCAGUGGCAGAAACACAACGAGAAGUUGCUCAACCGAUCGGUUCGAGGAUAUCAUCAAUCAAACGUGGUCGAGUACAACGUGCAGCGCGCGAUCAAUACGUUGUCCGCGUCGGUGGACAAAUACGCGUUGGACAGUACCAACAAAAUCGCAGGGACAGCUAGGCGCAUAGACGCGUGGAGGCUGGACGUGCUUCAGGCGUUGGAGAGCGUACGAGACGAAAUCGCUUUGCUGUUGUCGAGCAAACAAAAACUUCAGAAGGCGCAGACGGCCUUGGGCGUGAUACGUUCCAUAUCCGUCGAGUGCCUAGAACGUCGGUCGUUCAGAUUAGCCGUGGACCUCACGUUGGACCCGGGACAAGUGGAACUCGUGAAAGAAAAGGAACUGAUCGACGAAAUUGACGAUCUGUUCUGUCGCACAUUGUGCCAGCUUAAGGAUCAAUUGAACAGCAAUAAAACUAUAAAGUAUCGACUCGAAGAGAACUGGAGCAAUAAGAAUCAGUCCAUGAAAAUAGACACUAUGAAUUUAAGUCUAAAUAUUCAGUCGCCGAUUAUAAUGUCACACACCAACGUGAUAGAAGAUUCAGAGAACGCCUGCUUGUCAGUGCCAGAAUGGGAAAUGGCUGUCAAAAAUUUAUACGAAGAAGCUAAACGAACUAUGAACGACUCGACGUUAUUGAGAUCCAUAGUAGACGAUGCCGUGCUCAAAAAAAGCGCAAAGAGAUUAAGGGAUCAAGCUGAUGCAGUAGACAUAGCCUUGGCGCGGUUCAUAUCUGAUACACAACACGUUGAACAAGCUCUAGGAAAUGACUUGAAACAAGUUGUCCAACGUCUAGGCGAUUCCGAGAAUUUAAUCGGUGGUCUUCUGCGUGUUAUAACGAAUCUAGAAAAGGCAAAAAUGACCGCCGAGACGAGAUUGUAUAACCGAUUGAAACGUCCGGAAGAUGAAAACUUCAAGGACAGCGCACAAUCGAGCAUUCUCUCGGAAGUCAAAAGUCUCCAAGAACAAUUGGACACGUUGAACUACCAGUUGCACUGUGCCAGAACUGGUCACUUGGGCUUGAAAGAGGCUCGUUCGCAACUCGAGGAUGAGGUUCGCGUCAAAAGAAAAACUCUCUGGACCGAUACCAUUCGAUGUCAAAAAGUUCGGGCUUUUUAUCCGUCCGUAAGCGCACUGAUUGGCCACUAGAACACCGGAGGGUUCAAAGGCCUCACGCAACUCGGUUAUCAUUCGAUUAUAACUCACUUUUUGAACAGGAAACCGGUCACCUGUUCAACGGUCAUGUGCUUGAAAGUCAUUUGUGUACAGAAAUAUUUGUCUUGAAAAUAAUGUGCUCGAAAAAUGUAUUUGUUCAAAAUUAAUAACUUCGAAAAUAUAUUUUUGACCAUUGAUUAGAUACGAAUGUACGGUACAGACACCCACGAUGUAUGCGUUUAAAGAUCCUUGAGAUGAUUUAACAGUCUAGAUUAGAACAAUGACGGUUUCGUGGUAAAAAAAAGUUUUAGAUCGAAAAAAGAACACACGACAGUCCUAUAUUCUAAUAUUUAUUUUGACAUAUUUAUACUAAAUUACUUUACAUAUUAGAUACCAAGGCAUACAGGAAUCGCGGAAAAUUAAUUCACCCACAAGCUAGUAAGAUCCUCGAUAUCCCUCAGAUGCGCCCCCCUCCCUUGAGUAAGAAAAUUUCAUGGACUGACUUUAUCCUCGACCUUAGAAUUUGUAUAACCAAUCUAUGGCUUAAAGUCUGAGAAUGAAUCACUCCCACCUCACUUUACCAAUUGGUACAGAAUUAUAUCUCCGACUAUCCCACCACUUCCCUGGGUUCACAACUUCAAUAUCUCUAGGAAAAAUAUAAUAUCGUUCUCCUGUAUCCGCUUUGACCACAUAUUACUUCCUUAUCAUUCCUUUAAACUUCCAUUGAAAGUCCAUUGAACUUCACACAUUUCACAAUGAUCCCAUGGCUUAUGAUAUUGACCAGCUAUCUUCAUUUGCUCUAGUCAUAUCACCCUAAUAUGACCAUCUAUUUUCACUUUUCAAUUUAUCCGACAUUCCUUUUGAUACACAAAAUAUUUAUUUACAUCAACAAACAAAUAUCAUACUCAAUAUACUUAAUAUUCUCAAUUUAUUAUCUGUUUUAAGUUAUACAGAAUUUUUAAUUUAUCUGUCUUUCUGUAAGUAACUUAUAAUUUUUAUAUUGUACUUCUUUUGUUUCUCGUUUCGUAAUUGUCGAAACUAUACUCGUAUGUUUAAACAAAGUUUAAAAAAGUGUACAAAUACCUCUUAGUUAUUAUUAAAAUCAACAUAAUAAACAUUAUAAAAUAUUUUCUUGGUAAUCAAAAAGUGGAAAAAUGUAGACAUCACAGAGUCCAAAACUGUUACCACCUACAAAUUCACAACCUAACAUUAUAAAUAUUCUUUUAAUUUAUUUUUAAUUAGUAGUAAUUUCAUUAUAAUAAUAAUA